CUUUUCUGCAGGAGCUGGUGGAGCGCGAUAACUGCAAGUUUGAGGAGUGGUGCAACGAAAUGGCCGAGAUGCGCAAACAGAGCGUGGCCAGAGGCAAAAUCAAACAUGAAGAGGUGAAGGAGCUCUACAAAAGGUUACCCGCUGAAGCUGGUUCCCCGUACGACUUCAUCUCUCUCGAAUGGCUGCAGAAAUGGCUGGAUGAGUCUACUCCUCCAAAACCUAUAGAUAACACAGCCUGCCUGUGCUCGCACGGCAAACUCCAUCCGGAUAAAAUAUCCAUUAUGAAGAGGAUAUCGGAGUACGUGGCCGACUUCUUCUACAGGAGAUAUGGAGGAGGGCCCCGGCUGAAUGUCAAAGCACUUUGCAAGGACUGUGUGGUAGAAAGGUGUCGAAUCUUGCGACUGAAAAACCAGUUAAACGAAGACUACAAAACCGUUACGAACUUGCUGAAGAUAACAGUCAAGGGGAACGACGGGUUUUGGGUUGGAAAGGCAUCCUUGCGGAGCUGGCGUCAGUUGGCUCUGGAGCAAUUAAAUGAGCAAGAUGAAGACACGGAACACAGUAAUGGAAAAAUUAAUGGAAAUGCACAAAACAAAGAUGAAUCAAAUGAAGAGAAAAGAGAGGAGGAAGAGGAGUUAAAUUUUAAUGAAGACAUCGUGUGCCCACAUGGUGACCUGUGCAUAUCUGAAAACGAACGGAGGGUGGUUUCGAAGGAAGCCUGGGAGAAACUCAAGCAAUAUUUUCCAAAGGCCCCUGAAUUCCCAAAUAACAAAGAGUGCUGUUCCCAGUGCAAGAUUUUAGAGCGUGAAGGGGAGGAAAAUGAAGCUCUGCAUAAGAUGAUGGCCAGCGAGCAGAAGACUUCUCUCCAGAACCUGUUUCAUGAUAAAUGCAGACCUUGCCUGGGCAGCUGGCCUCAGGAGACAGACGAGCUGUAUAUUGUUUCGCAGUUCUUUGUAGAAGAAUGGAGGAAGUUUGUCAGGAGGCCGACGCGAUGCAGCCCCAUGUCCUCGGUAGGAAACAGCGUUCUUCUCUGCCCCCACGGGGGUCUCAUGUUCACCUACGCUUCCAUGACCAAAGAAGACUCCAAACUUAUAGCUCUAAUAUGGCCCAGCGAGUGGGAGAGGAUUCAAAAACUCUUUGUCGUGGAUCACGUCAUCAAAAUCACCCGAACGCAAGCUGCUGGGGCGGACCCCGAGAGCGCACUUUACACCUCUGAACCCCAACUCUGUCCAGAGUGCAGAGAAGGGCUGUUGUGUCAACAGCAGCGGGAUUUGCGUGAGUACACCCAAGCAACCAUCUACAUCCAUAAAGUGGUGGAUAAUAAAAAGGUAAUGAAGGACGCUGCUCCGGAGCUGAACGUGAGCAGCUCAGAAGCUGAAGAGGAAAGGGAGGAAAACAAGCCAGAGGGGGAGCAAGACCCAGAUUUUAACCAGACCAACGGUGGCGCGAAGCGCCAGAAGAUCUCACACCAGAGCUACGUCACUUACCAAAAGCAAGGCAUCAGGCGAAGCACCCGGCACCGGAAAGUCAGAGGGGAGAAAGCGCUUCUUGUUUCUGCUAAUCAGACGCUGAAAGAGCUGAAAAUACAGAUCAUGCAUGCAUUUUCAGUUGCUCCCUUCGACCAGAAUUUGUCAAUCGAUGGGAAGAUACUGAGCGAUGACACGGCAACGCUCGGCAGCCUGGGAGUCAUCCCCGAGUCCGUCAUUUUAUUAAAGGCUGAUGAACCAAUUGCGGAUUACGCGGCGAUGGACGACGUUAUGCAAGUUUGUAUGCCUGAAGAAGGAUUUAAAGGGACUGGUUUACUUGGACACUGA